UUUGGGAGGCACUUAUAUAUAUAUAUAUUCAGAACCACUCUCACUCUCACUCUCUCUCUCUUCUCUCUCUCUCUAGGUCACUUUCUCUUCUACUAGUUCAGUAGCCACAAAGCUCGCUUUUAUAAAAAAAAAACAGAGACCCGUAAAAAAACAAACAAACCCUCGAUCUGAAUCAGAAGCUCGCUGCGAGAAAUUCAAAUACAUGGAUGAGAAGUGGAAGAUCUCGAAGAAAGAGACCUCAGCUUCUUGUUCGUCGUCAAAAUCCAAGUUCAGCAGAAGCUUCUCGACGAGCGCUUCCUCGGCAAAGUCCCCCGUGUUCGUACGGAGCUCCUCCACCAAAUGUUCUUCCGUCCCUUCGUCGUCGUCUUCUUCGAUUUCCAGAAGCUUCUCCAGGAAAGAACGAGGAUCAUCUUCCAUAACGCAGAAGUACAGCAGCUUGGCCAAGGAGCAGAAGGCCAGGUUCUACAUCAUGAGAAGUUGCAAAGCUCGUUCACAUCGCUCUUCCAUUAAAGAGAAAAGCAAAAUUCAGAUUUCUCAGGUGAAAAACCAAACGCAAAAGUACAAAAAGGAAGAAAUGGAGAAUCGCUGCAUAAAUAUCUAUAAGCAACAAGAAACUAAAAGCACAGAGUGACGUGGCAAUCGAAUAGCCGUCGGAUUGAUCAGAGAGUCAACACUUUGGAAAAAUCGGGCGGUGGAGGUGACAGGUUCUGAUUCGGAAGCCAUCUGGGAGGAAAUUUCAACGUGGCGAUGAAAAGAAAAAGAUGAUAAGAAUAAUAACAGGAAAACCAUAUAUAUAUAUAUAUAUAUU